AACCAAGAUACAUAAUAACCGGUUAACACAGAAGCACAUCGGCCACCAACUUGGUAAAACGACAGUCGUUUUGGUUGUAGUAGUCUGCGAGGAAGAAGAACUCAACUUUCUCUUUGAUCGAUCUCUGUUGUAUAGCUCUUGGUCAAAUCGUCGGAGUUCUGAUUGACGGCGAAUCUGGUGAUCGACGAUGGAGAACAACACGGACGUUUCGAUUCAUGAUUUCCUGGAGCGGAUGCGUAAACCCUCCGCCGGCGAUCUCGUUAAAUCAAUCAAAAGUUUCAUUGUUUCAUUCUUGAACAAUGAGCCAGACCCAGAAAAGGAUUCUUCUGCAGUUCAAGACUUCUUUUCCAAGAUGGAAGCUGCUUUCAGGGCUCAUCCACUUUGGUCCGGUUGUUCUGAGGAUGAACUUGACAGCGCUGGAGAUGGUUUAGAGAAGUAUGUCAUGACAAAGCUGUUUCCCCGUGUCUUUGCUUCAAACACCGAGGACGUUAUAUCUGAUGAGAAACUCUUUCAGAAGAUGUCCUUGGUUCAACAGUUCAUUUCUCCUGAGUAUUUGGAUAUAAAACCAACUUUUCAAAACGAAACAUCCUGGCUGCUAGCUCAGAAAGAGCUCCAGAAGAUAAACAUGUACAAAGCUCCUCGUGAUAAGCUCGUGUGUGUCCUUAACUGCUGCAAAGUGAUUAAUAACUUACUCCUAAACGCUUCCAUUGCUUCUAAUGAGAAUACGCCUGGAGCCGACGAGUUUCUUCCUGUCUUGAUAUAUGUUACAAUAAAGGCUAAUCCUCCACAGCUUCACUCAAACCUGUUGUAUGUACAAAGAUAUAGGCGUGAAUCUAAACUUGUUGGUGAAGCUGCCUACUUCUUCACAAACAUACUCUCUGCAGAGUCUUUCAUCUCAAAUAUCGAUGCGAAAUCACUUUCAAUGGAUCAAGCUGAGUUUGAGAAGAACAUGGAAUCUGCACGGGCACGAAUCUCUGGUUUAAGCAUCCAGUCUACUGCACCACCACCACCCCCACGUGACGAGUCCACUGUUCAUAAAACUCAAAUGCUGAAUCCCAAGAGAGAAACAACUCUUUUCCAGUCGAGAUCGUCUGACAGUCUCUCUGGAACCAGUGACAUACUCAACGCCAACAGUGAAAUACCAAUGAAGAAAGCUGAAUCCGUAUCUGAUUUGGAAAACAAGGGUGCUGCAAGGCUUCUGAAGGAUACGGAGGCAAGCAAAAUCUUCCAAGAAUACCCUUACUUAUUUGCAAACGCGGGUGAUUUGAGAAUAGGAGAUGUUGAAGACUUGUUAAAUAGCUAUAAACAGCUCGUGUUUAAAUAUGUGUGCCUUUCCAAAGAAUUGGGUGAUGCAGCAACAACAUCUUUAGCUUCUUCAUCAACUCCACCCUUGCAAGCUUUGUCCGGUUUUGAUACGUCUAAGGAACCUGAGGAUCAUACCAUGGCAUCUUCAGAUGUAAAGGAAACUGACAGGAGCGUGGAUGAUCUGGUCCGAGCUCUACAGGGUGUAGGGGAAGCUGUCGUUGAUAAGGUCUUAGAUGUAAAACAAGAAGAGUAUACAUCAGUUUUGGCAGAAGAACAAACAUGAAGGAGAUGCCACAACAAAAUUGAUUUGAUGAAGCAAGGUCCAAAAGAGUGAGUGUGUCAAUUCAAAUACACGACCUGCAGGAGAUGAGAGAACCCAAUGAAUCAAUUUGUAGGAAACAUAGAAAAUGUUUCUCUUCUUGAAGGAAUGGGGCAUUCCGAAAAAUAACCUUACAAUCUUAUUUUUUUUAAUAAAGUUUUCAACUAUAUUUAAAAACUGUGGAAAGCAAAGACAAACUAUUUAAGAGCAUGUGCAUUGCAGACUUUGUAGACUACAGAUCUUAGUGUAAUGAACAAUUUAAUUAAAUGAAAAAUAGGGAUUUACUUAAGGGCUGUGGCUUAAUUAAGCGCUGGAAGCAUCGAAGCUUGUGGGAUGCGUGGCGAUAGGGGAUACGAUGGGUAGAAAAGAAAAAUCGAAUCGUUUGCCUUUCUUCUUCUCUCUUUGAUUCGAGUUGGAAAGAAAAGGAAAGAUGAGGGUCGCAUGGAGAUUCAUCGGUGGUUUUGGUCGAUGUCUGAGAUUCAUCGGUGGUUCUCGCUGGGUCUCCUCGUUGAUUCGGUGGCUCUCCUCGUCGAUUCGGUGGCUCUCCUCGUCGAUUCUCUCUGGUUCCUCGUGGUGGCCAUCUUCGAAGAAUCACGGUAGCUAUCCUCGACGGAUAAAAUUUGUGGCUCUCCCCGAGGAUGGAAAUCGGCGGUUGCUGCUGAUUACAAUCGAAAGUAUGAACGGUGGUUUGAUUUCUUCUCCCAGAAAGAGCGUAGACAUCGCACCGCCAAACUCUUUGAUUUCUCUGUUAGCGAAGGGAUCAAGAAGGAACCGAAGCAAGUUGCUGGAGAGAUUCAUUCUUUCUUCACAAGAAAGAACUUCAAUGUUAAAUCAAAGGUUUGAAUGAACACUGGUUCGGAGGAGAGGAGAAGUUGCCAUGCUUACGUUAUGUACCAUGGACAUAAAGAUAUGGAUUAUAAUCCAUAUACGAGUGGGUAUAAUUUCAGUGAUCUUCUUCAAAGUCAACAAACUGGUUUUGGUUCAUCAGAAGUUCCUGGAUUUGGAACUCAACAGAACCCGGAUUGCAACCUCGGUACAGAGAGCCUUGUAGAGCGCCGUGAACGCAAGAAAUGGACCAUCUCAGAUGACAUUUUGUUCAUCACCUCAUGGUUAAACACGAGGAAAGAUCCAGUCAUGGGUAAUGAGCAAAGAUCAGGCGCUUUCUGGAAUAGAAUAGCGGCCUACUUUGAGGCAAGCCAGUCUGCAGAGUGCGAACGGAGAGAGCCGAUGCACUGUAAGCACCGGUGGCAGAAGAUCAACGAAGCUGUGUGCAAGUUCUCUGGCUCGUAUGAGGCUGCAACAAGGGAGAAGACCAGUGGACAAAAUGAGACUGAUGUUCUCAAAAAAGCGCAUGAGAUCUACUACAAUAACCAUAAGAAGAAGUUCAACCUUGAGCAUGCGUGGAGGGAGUUGCGCUAUGACCAUAAAUGGUGCUCUCUUUCAAGCUCUAGAGACGUUGGAAGCUCAAAAAAGAGGAAGUUUGACGACGGUACACAAUCAGAAACAUCUCAAGCGACUGAAAGCAAGACGUCUGAGAGUGAUGAAGGCACCACUCGUCCCCCGGGUGUGAAGGCAGCUAAGGCACGUGGUAAGAAGCCUCAGGGGAAAGACGUGGAGGAGUAUCAGAAAAUGUGGAACAUUAGGCAGCAGGACGUGGCCAACAAAGAAAAGCUGUACAAGAUGUCUCUGCUUGACAAUCUUGUUGCAAAAAAAGAGACACUGUCCGAGACUGAGGAAGGUCUAAAGAAUAAGUUGAUUGAGGAGUUGUUCUCUGUUUGAGUUUGGAUAGUUCUGUUUGUCUGUUGGUUUUCAUCGAGUUUAUGUAGUUCUGUUUGUUGGGUUUCAUCGAGUUCAUGUACUUCUGUUUCACUCUAUGUUUCAUGUUCUGUUUUAUGUGGUGUCUUGACAAUGUUGAUUAAAUGUUAUUGUUCAUGUGAGGAGUUUUUUUUAAAUGUUCAGGUACUUCUGUUUCACUCUCUGUUUAAUGUUAUGUUUCAUGUUAAUGUUUCUGAUGCAGGUGAGAGAGUCUACGAAAGAAGACAGUGACGGGUUUGGGAAGGUGAGAUGAGAGCAAAGGCAGCUGAUAUCGUUGGAGCAAAGAAGACAGUCACGGGUUUGUAGAUUGAGAGAGGUUGAUAUCUCUGUCUGUUGUUUUAUUUGUCACGGGUAUUGUUUUAUUGACAGUCAUGUGUGUGUUGUUUUAUUUGUAUGAGUGUGUCACGGGUCUGAACAUACUGACCAUGUUUGUGGAUUGAGACAGUCACAGGUUGUUUUAUUUGAAUGAGUGUGUCACGGGUUUGUCUCACCAAUCUCAUUAUAUAUUGCAUCAGACACAAAUGAGUUCUCAUCA